AGGCAUUUUGGCUCAAGCUUUUCGGUUGAAGCAGCCAGGAGCUCAUCAGGGGUUGCAGAGAGCGCGAUACACUCUGCGCGAGCAUGGACCUUUCCAUGGAGCGUGCUGUUGGGGUUCGCCCGCGCCGCGGCGGCCGCCUGGCCUGCUGACCGCAUCGCUGUGGCUUCAUCUUCGCCAUCGUCUCCGUGGCCGCGGGAGGGCGCUGGCGUCGACGCCAGAAGCUUCGAGGUAAUCACAAGCGGCUAUGUGGACGCACAGUCCUUCGCGCGACAGUUGUCUCCUCUGGGCUGGCAGCCAACAGAUGCUGCCAUGACGACUGGAGCUACGACCGAGACCACGACAAGCCUGGCCGAUUACGUUCUGUUUGCACUUGGCGAGACGUGUGCGUCCGAGGGAUACGAGGAAUCUUAGAUCCGGCGGGGGGUGUUUCAACGAGGCAGCUUUUUACAUCGAUGAGACCGCUGAUUUUGACACUGAGGAACCAAGUGGCCCGUUCUCCUGUGUGUUUCGUUACGGGAAGCAUUGCUUUGUCGACGGACUACAUAAUCACAGACCUCCAUCACGACUGCAAGUACGACACCGAGACAUCAAGCGCGACAGUGUCUUCCACGUCUGUUUCUAAAGCGUCUGGAAGCUCGUCGACCACUGGGAGUACGACAUCCGAGACCUUAAUCACGAGCGUGUCAACGAAAACAGAGACCUCCAGCACGACUUUGACUACGACGUCCAAGACUUCGAGCAUGAGCGUGUCUUCCAGCAAGACACUGAGUUCUAUUUCGGGCAGCUCCACUACAACUGCGACGACUACGCCGCAUUACGUCUGGCUGGGUUUUGGCGAUACGUGCGCGUCGCAGGGGUACGAAGAGAUCGGAGGCUCGACCGAGUGCUUCGAGGAUGCGAAGAGCAGAGUUACGGAGCUCAACAACGUGGCGCAUCUGACAGUCAACAGCCCGUUUGCAUGCGUGUUCCAGUACGGGGUGCUCUUCUACGGCGACGGAAAAGAGGGCAAUGCCGACGUCCUGCAGCAAUACGUCUGCAAAGGGCCCGACCAGAUAUCAACUACUACCAGGACGAUGUGGAGUACGUCCGUGACAACAACCACCCAAACAUACGACCCUUACAACGUCACAUUCUCUAUAUACGUGACGCUCUUGCACUCUUUCAGGACGGAUGUGCGCGGCGCUGGGGCGAGAGCCAAAUUUUGAAGAGGACCCGCCCUCCAUCUGUGAAG